CAGACGCUCCCCCUCUUCUCUCACUCAACGGCUUUAAUUUGAAUUGAAAUUUCUAUCUGCUCUCUCUCUCUCUUCUUUCUUUUUUCCCUUAUUUUUUGGUGGAAAUUUUUCUACUUGUUUGUCGAUUCUCCAUCUGUUGCUUAACUAUCCUUAAUGUACCAGACCAAGACAAAAACCGCAAGACUGACUUCUCCUGCACUCCUCUCUUGAUAUAUUCACGAAUUUUGUCAAAUUUUCUCAAAUUCGUCGGUUGACUUUGCCGGAUUACUGGUUAACCCGAAUAGAGCAGACCCUUGUUAGGGUUUUCGGUUCUCUUUUAUCUUAUGGGUUUUUGAUUAACGAAACAAUUGUUUGUUCUAGGUACUUUUGUGCAUGUUUCCAAUGUCAACCGGAAAUUCCUACUUUGAUGAUUUGAGGAAUAAACCUGAGGUAAUUGAUCCACCUCAAAUGGAAGAUUUGUUGGAAGUUGGUGAACAUGUUAAUGACACUUCUGAAAGUGCCUUGAAACCUAAUGUGACCAUCUCAACUAAUGUCCGUGAGCUGCUGGAGUGUCCAGUGUGCUUGAAUGCUAUGUACCCUCCAAUUCAUCAGUGUUCCAAUGGUCACACAUUGUGUUCUGGUUGCAAACCAAGGGUGCACAAUCGCUGCCCAACUUGCAGGCACGAACUUGGUAAUAUCCGAUGUCUUGCACUGGAGAAAGUAGCUGCAUCCCUUGAGCUUCCUUGCAAAUACCAGAAUUUUGGGUGUAUAGGCAUUUAUCCUUACUACAGCAAGCUUAAACAUGAAUCACAGUGCACUUUUAGACCUUAUAAUUGUCCUUAUGCGGGAUCAGAAUGCUCAGUUAUUGGUGACAUUCCUUUUCUUGUGAGCCACUUGAAAGAUGACCACAAAGUUGACAUGCAUAGUGGUAGUACUUUCAACCAUCGCUAUGUCAAAUCAAACCCCCAUGAGGUCGAGAAUGCAACAUGGAUGCUUACGGUCUUCAGUUGCUUCGGGCAGUAUUUCUGUCUGCAUUUUGAAGCUUUUCAGCUUGGAAUGGCGCCAGUUUACAUCGCAUUUCUGCGGUUCAUGGGUGAUGAUAAUGAGGCCAAAAACUAUAGCUAUAGCCUUGAGGUUGGAGGUAAUGGGAGGAAGAUGAUAUGGCAAGGAGUCCCUAGAAGCAUUCGAGAUAGCCACCGAAAAGUUCGUGACAGUUUUGAUGGGCUCAUCAUUCAACGUAACAUGGCACUAUUUUUCUCGGGCGGAGACAGGAAAGAGUUGAAGCUCAGGGUUACCGGUCGGAUUUGGAAGGAGAAUUAGAUGUCAUCUCUGCAAUUGUUUUAAUCGUACUAUAAUAGGGUAUGUUCUUUGAGCACGAUGGAUUCUUCCGGUCAUGUGAUUUUGAACUCUAGGAGGCAAACUCUCUUUGCUUGUCUGUCUGUCAAAUACAUGAGUGAGGGGUCCUGAUCUGUUCCAUGUUAGUUUCUCCACUACAUGCAUUAGGAUGUUUAUUAGUGAUAUGAAUCUUGUAGUUCAUCUUGUAUCUUUGUGCUUGGAUAAACAACUGUAACCAGCAAGGAAGCAUGGGCUAUAAGUAUUUUAUUUAUUUCUAUGGCUUUGUUAAUUGA